CGGCUCUGGCCCAAAAGGCGGAGUCCAAAGGCGCUGGAGCCAGAUCUGUGAGCGCUGUGCCGACUGCGCCUUGGAGAAAGCCAGCGAGAACCCAGACCCUGACGAGUUCCUCGUCCACGCCCGGCCUGGCCAGGCCCCGCGCUAUGGAGUUCUUCUGGGCCCCUCUCUUGGGUCUCUGCUACAGUCUGGCCGCUGCUGACCGCCACACCGUCUUCUGGAACAGUUCAAACCCCAAGCUCCGGAAUGAGGACUACACAGUACAUGUGCAGCUGAAUGACUACCUGGACAUCAUCUGUCCCCAUUACGAGGAUGACUCUGUGGCAGCCACUGCCAUGGAGCAGUAUACACUGUACCUGGUGGAGCGUGAGCAGUACCAGCUGUGCCAACCCCAAUCCAAGGAACAGGUCCGCUGGCAGUGCAACCACCCCAGUGCCAGGCAUGGCCCAGAGAAGCUGUCUGAGAAGUUUCUGCGCUUCACACCCUUUACCCUGGGCAAGGAGUUCAAAGAGGGACACAGCUACUACUACAUCUCCAAACCCAUCCACCAAGUAGAAGACCAGUGUUUGAGGUUGAAGGUGACCGUCAAUGGCAAAAUCACUCACAGUCCUCAGGCCCAUGCCAAUCCACAGGAGGGGAGACUUCCAGCAGAUGACCCAGAGGUGCAGGUUCUACAUAGCAUCGGUCACAGUGCUGCCCCUCGCCUCUUCCCAUUUGCCUGGGCUGUGCUGUUUCUGCCGUUCCUGCUGCUGCAAACCCUGUGAAGCUGUGUGCCACAUCUGGCCUAAGGAUUGGACUGGGCUGACAAGGCAGAUGCAGGCAUCCCUCACCUGUCCUGGGGCCUCUCACAAAGCCCCAGUGCUGGGAACCUCUCCCACCAUAUGUACAAGCUGCCACCCAGCAGCCUCAAAACGGGUCAGUAUUAAGGGUUUCAACCCAUAGGAGGUCGGCAAGCCUGGUAGUGCCAUCUUUGCCUCCACCUCAGAAGGACAAAGAAGCAGGACAGUACUUCUCCUGCCAUUCCUGCCCUUAAGCCAAAAACAAACAAACAAAUAAGCUGUGCAGAUAUGGACUUGUAAGAAGGGCACUGUGGGAGCUGAGCUGGAAGGGGUCUGGGGUCAUGUGGUUGGACACUGAGUUUGGCAAAGAUGCCCCUUCCACAGAGAGCCCGGAUGCCAGGAUGAACUGACUGAAGGAAAAGCAAGAGACAGUUUCCUGCCUGGGAGCCAAGGAUAGGAGAGGCAGUGGCUUGGGUGAAUCCAGCAUCUCCCAUCCAUGGAGCUGCCAUGCAGAGGUUUGCAACCAGCCAACGUACCUUCUAUCUUGGGGCAGCACUCCCCAAAGCUGUGCCAGCAGGGGGGCUAUGCCAGUCUUUUCCUAGAGUAUAGCUGUAAGGGCAGUGCCCAUGAACCCAGAGUCUGUGCCUAGAAUGUAGCUUGAAGGGCGGGGCCCACGUGUACAGAAUCUGUAUAUAAACUUGCUGUGUGUCUGCUGAUUCCUACAAC